GUGUUCUGGCAGCUUCUUCGCGUGGAGAAGUGCGAGGACAUCUCGGAGCUUGGCUCGGUGGGCUUUGGAAGGUCGAUUUCCUCCAAGGACCAGCUGCUGUCGUGUGUGUUUUUCUCUCCCAGCAUUUCCGUUGGUGGAAGAAUAGCUUUGGGUGAGCUGGACUCAUGGUGCAGCCAGGACAAGAAAGGGGUCGCGACGCGGCCGACGCGUCUUCAGAAGUUGCUGCCCGGCGGUGGCAGCUUGGUGGCGGGUCACACGGUGGAGCUUUUCUUCGCUUUCGCUCGUGAAGACAACGGUGUCUAUUACGGUGCCACGGAGCUCACUGCUUCGUGGGCAGCCCGCUGGGUCCUGAGAG